AUGGAGUGCAACGGAGGCGUCCACAACGUCACACAAGACGAUGUCUUGCUCAUAGCUCAGCCACAUACCAGCAGCGAGACCAUCAUGACGACAGUGGUGCUGCCAUUGAUUGCCGUUCUCGGGGUACUAUCCAACGGGGCUUUCAUCUUCGUUGUGUCCAGACUACCUCACAUGAGAACGCCUACCAACUACUACCUGGUCAGUCUAGCCGUGGCUGAUAUAAUGGACGUGUGCGCUGGGGUAGGGGACAAACUGUUGCUGUUCCUGUCCUCCCCCAUCUCGCCUGACGAAGCCGGGUACGGAGGCCCCGCUGGCUGCAUGCUGGCCAACUUCAUCACCAACACCUCCUACUUCACCACCCUUUUCCUGAUCACCUUGGUGUCCCUGGAGAAAUUCUACGCCGUCUGCCACCCGAUGCGGGUAGCCCGCGGCCAGGCCGGCCGCAGGGCGGUCCGGGCCAUUACCUGUGCCGGCAUGGUAGCCGUAUUGCUUUCCCUGACUUUCCUACCCACCUGCGGAGUGAAGAUCGAGUUCUGCUUGCAGUGGCCGCAAGGGAGCGACCACGCCAGCUCUCCGUCCACCGUCAUCACAUACAGUCCCCCGUACGAUUGGAUGUCUACCUACACCCGCCUGUGCCGAACCUUCCCCUUCUUUGCGACCCUGGUUGCGAAUUUCGUCUUUUACAUCCGGAUCAUACGCGCCCUCGGACGACAGGUUGCCGCAAUGGAGUCGCACGGUCAGGCGAACGUCGGAGCUGGUCCGCACGCACGUAACAUGGUGGCCCGCAUGCUGGUCGUGACUGGUACGGCAUACUUCGUACUCCUUGCUCCCUUAGAGGUGACCCAGCUCUGCUUCCUGAUCGGUUAUUUCCGUGGACACGUGUACGUACUGGACGAACACCAGGCUUCUAUUCUGUUCCAAGUUGUCCGCAUCCUCUCCUACAUCAACUCCGCUAGCAAUCCUUUCAUUUACGGCGUCAUUAAUCGGAAGUACAGGGAAGCGUAUAAAUUGGCGUUAAGGUGCAAACAGCAGUAA